AUGUUUGUGUUCUUUUCUCUGUUCUUGCCCUCGCCUCCACCUGCGCCCCAUGUCCUACCGAGUUCUCUUGCCUCUCGAUGCAGCCUCUUUACCGACAAGACAGCUUGGCGAACGGCCCUUGCUCGGCCUACUCUGCAGAACAACUUGCAGAACACGGCUGCAGAGCUGGGGGUCAACCAAGACAUGCACAAGACGCACACCGGCAUGGACGAGAUCGAUGAACCGAACAACCGCAAACCUCCUACGACUACAAGCGGUACAAUCCAGCGAGUGUAG